AUGUUAAUUAUUUUCUUUCUCUUUCUUUCAUUUGGAUUUUCUCAACAAUGUUUAGAAGCUCAAGAAAUAAUAUUAACUUCUUUAAAUACUCAAAUAGUUAUUAAUAAUAAAAUAAUGAAAGUCUCAACUCCUUCAUAUACUGGAUGUAAUGAUUUUAAACAACAUCAUACAAGAUGGUUUAAAAUUAAAAAUUAUGAAAAUGUUCCUCUUCUUGUAAAUAUUUCUUAUUCUCCAAUUACUCAUCUUCAUAUUGUUGAUUCAUGUUUAUUUCAAAAUUUGAAUCAUCUGUUUAUCUUGGUUUUUUUACUUCAACUCCUCCACUUCAAUCAACUCUUCAAAUUGAUUCAUCCAAAUUAA